AUAGCCUUGCAGAAACGCCAAUCAGACCUCGCCCACCUUCGCAGCUCAGUAGUCAGCGCCCGUGUCCAGGCCGCCAUCCGAUUCGAACAACAGCAUUCGGCCACCCUUCGCGACUUCAAUUUCCACCGAGGCUCGCUUGUCCUUAUGCGCAACACAGCCAUAGAGAAGGCACUCAAUCGGAAGAUGCGUCCACGGUAUUUAGGGCCUUUACUAGUAAUUUCUAGGAAUCGGGGAGGAGCGUAUAUUUUGGCCGAACUCGAUGGAUCGGUCUUUGAUCGGCCAGUUGCAGCAUUCCGCGUUAUUCCUUAUUUUGCUCGCAGGUCUCUGAAGCUCGCCGACCUUGAAGCCCUCUUCGACAUCUCGCAGGAACGCCUUCAGGCCAUGGAAGAUUCCCGAUCGAGCGACGACGACGCCGAAGACGAUAGUGCCAAUGAAGAUACCGACACCAGCUCAGUC